CUCACUUUUAGCGCAUUAUUAGUACUUGGUUACGUACCUGUUAUUACUGUUGGUCUCGUCAAAGUCUCUUCAAGAUAGACUCUUCAAAGUUCGGCCCACUACAUACUUUUACUGCAGUAGUUUUGGACUUUCAAAAUUAUAUAUGUAAGUAUCUCUUGUUUAGUGUUUACUGUUUACCCGACUUCUUGCUGAAAGUUUCCACCCAAGAAAAGCGCACUAGUUAAAAUAUCCUAUGCGUUUGAAGUACUGUUAUGGAUAUGAAUCAUAUGAUCAUAUGGACAUUGGACAUUUUUUAUUGUUGCAUGUUCUUCCGUGAAUACUGUGACUCCUUUAUAUUAUCAGAUUCGACAAAUGCUAAAUAAUACGGUGGAAGCUUAAAAAUCUGGAAAUCGUACGUCGCCAUAAAUCUAUGCCUUUGAUAGCAUUCGCUUAAAUUCGCCGUUCGACAAAUUUUGACGAGCUAACGACUGUGAGUUUCCAAUACGUCCACGAGUAAAUAAAAUGGCAAAACUGCUUGCUUCGGUCUUCAUUACCUUCGGAAUCCGGGCACGAUCUUGGUCCCAGUGUUUUGGAUAUCAAGAACUGAGAAUCGCUUCGGCUUGUCGGAUACACAAUGCAGCCGGUUCACUGCGGAUUCCCACGCGGCCUGCUUCUGUCGCUGUGUCAGAAUUUCAAGUGCGGCGUCAUAAAUUUGUGAAUCGAAUACGCAAAGCAUCGCCUACUCAUAUCCAACAGCAUUUGAUAUGUGUUCCUGGAAGCAGACUGGUUUACAUGGCAAAAGACGUUCCGUAUGUUUUCCGCCAGAAUUCCAAUUUUCGGUAUUUGUGUGGAAUUACUGAACCGGACUGUCUGCUAGUAUUGCACUCGAUGUCCCCUUCCGAGUACAGAUCCCAUGUAUUUGUUCCCCAGCAUCCAGCGGAGGAAGAAGUGUGGCACGGCAAAUCUCUAACGGAAAAUCAAAUUCAUGAGACGUCUGGAGUCGAUUUUGUGCACGCUUUAUCUGAUCUGGAGUGUUUUUUGGAUAAAUCUCUGAAGACUCUUCACGGUACCUCCGUGGGCCUUUGGUGCGAUCCUGUCGCAAGACUGUCACGGCCGGCCAAACUGGACGAUAGUCAACUAAGCGUGUUCCCUGCAUUGGACGAUUUUUUAUUGCAGAAAUCGGCGAAUUUUAUCGUUCUGGGCACUCCUACGCUGUAUAUACAAGAAUGCCGGCUGGUGAAAUCAUUAGCCGAAGUUGAGCUAAUGCGGUGUUCUGCGGAAAUAUCUGUAUACGCAUUAAAAUCAGCUAUGCAACGGACGCAUUCAGGAAUGAGCGAACGACAACUGUGGGCGCUUUUGGAUAAUGAGUGCAUAAAUCUUGGAGCAGAUAGACUUGCAUUUCCUCCAGUUUGUGCUUCUGGAUCCCGAGCGGCAACGAUUCAUUAUAUAAAAAAUUCGGAGGUCAUGGAGGAAGGCACGAUGGUGCUUGUAGACACUGGUUGUGAGAUCGAAGGAUACUGUUCGGAUGUAUCGCGAGUGUGGCCAGUUGAUAGCGGCACUCAGACGGAUGCGCAGGCACAAUUGGUGGAGAUUGUAUUAUGGGUGCAGCAGACCAUUCUGAAACAGUUGUUCCAAUUAGGAAAUAAUUAUGCGGCUUAUCCUACGCUUGACAAUUUAUACCAUCGUAUGCUGGAACUGCUAGCUCGGCAAUUACGGCAGCACGAUUUGCUUCUACCAAGAACGUCAGAUCAUUCACGGGAUACUGCUAUAGUUUCCAAGCACUUUUGCCCUCAUCAUCUCAGCCACUAUCUUGGAAUGGAUAUACACGACUGUUCAGAUGUUUCCCGUAGCCGCCCGCUGCAAGAAGGAAUGACUUUUACAAUUGAGCCUGGAUUAUAUAUUGCGGAAGACAGCCAGUUCGCUCCGUUGGAAUACCGUGGAAUUGGUGUUCGAAUAGAAGACGAUAUUUAUUUGGGACCUCAGGGCCCAGAAGUCUUAACAAAAGGCUGCCCUUCUUCUUUGUCGGAUAUUUCUAAUUUACGCUGUGAGAAAUUUGACUAACCAAAAGCACUGAACUGUGAUUCGAUACUUUGUUGGUUGCAUUUGGAAAAAAGCUUUUUUUUAAGUGAUAACCAUGAGCUACCUCGUCUUCGGAAACAUUUUAAAUUUUCCGCUGUUGACGGCCAGUCUGCAACUCGCCCUCGCAUUGUGAUUAUUCUUUGAUUUCGCAUUUUCGGAUGUUUUUGGUUAAAGGCUGAACAUCAGCGAUAUGGCCCUGAAUUGUCGUUUGUAAUUGGG